GAGUGCUGUAGCGGACAGCCGAGACCGCGGCCGCAAACAAGGCGCCCGGCCGCUGCGUGUUGUCCGCCCAAGAUGGAGUUCCUCCUGGGGAACCCGUUCAGUACCCCUGUGGGACAAUGUCUCGAAAAGGCAACAGAUGGCUCCCUGCAGAGUGAGGACUGGACAUUGAACAUGGAGAUCUGCGACAUCAUCAAUGAGACAGAGGAAGGGCCAAAGGAUGCCAUUCGAGCCCUGAAGAAGCGACUUAGUGGGAACCGGAACUAUAGAGAAGUGAUGCUGGCUCUGACGGUGCUGGAGACAUGUGUAAAGAACUGUGGUCACCGCUUCCACAUCCUCGUGGCCAACCGAGACUUCAUUGACAGUGUUCUGGUCAAAAUCAUCUCUUCUAAGAACAACCCUCCCACCAUUGUACAGGACAAAGUGCUUGCUCUGAUCCAGGCAUGGGCUGAUGCCUUUCGGAGCAGUCCAGACCUCACCGGUGUUGUGCACAUAUAUGAGGAGCUGAAGAGAAAGGGGGUUGAAUUUCCCAUGGCAGACUUGGACGCUCUAUCCCCCAUCCACACACCCCAGCGGAGUGUCCCGGAAGUGGAUCCAGCCGCAACCAUGCCCAGGUCCCAGUCGCAGCCCAGGACAAGUGCCAGCUCCUACUCCUCACCACCUCCUGUUUCCUGUGCCGCUCCACAGGCCCCAGCUCUGAGUGUGACUGGUCCCAUCACGGCCAAUUCAGAACAGAUUGCCAGACUUCGGAGUGAGCUGGACGUUGUUCGAGGAAACACAAAAGUCAUGUCUGAGAUGUUAACAGAAAUGGUCCCUGGGCAGGAGGAUUCAUCUGAUUUGGAGCUGCUGCAGGAGCUGAACAGGACCUGCCGGGCCAUGCAGCAUCGCAUCGUGGAGCUCAUCUCCCGCGUAUCCAACGAGGAGGUCACUGAGGAGUUACUACAUGUCAAUGAUGACCUCAACAAUGUCUUCCUCCGCUAUGAGAGGUUCGAGCGGUACAGGUCAGGCCGAUCAGUUCAGAAUGCCAGCAAUGGAGUACUGAAUGAAGUGACUGAAGACAACUUAAUAGACCUGGGCCCUGGCUCUCCUGCUGUGGUGAGCCCCAUGGUGGGGAGCACAGCAACCCCUUCUUCCCUUUCAUCCCAGCUUGCAGGCUUGGACUUGGGGACAGAGAGCGUCAGUGGCACCCUUAGUUCACUCCAGCAGUGUAAUCCUCGUGACGGCUUUGACAUGUUUGCCCAGACCAGAGGAAACUCCUUGGCUGAGCAGCGCAAGACGGUCACCUAUGAGGAUCCCCAGGCUGUUGGAGGACUUGCUUCUGCUCUAGACAGUCGGAAACAGAGCUCGGAAGUGAGAGGGAAAGGUGGGGACUCUGACCUGGAGCCCAUAGACAGCUGGCUCAUGACCCAAGGAAUGAUCCCCGUUGUGCAGCCCUCUGUCAUGGACGACAUUGAGGUGUGGCUCAGGACAGACCUGAAGGGCGAUGACCUGGAAGAGGGCGUCACUAGCGAAGAGUUUGAUAAGUUCCUGGAAGAAAGAGCCAAAGCUGCUGAAAUGGUUCCUGACCUCCCCUCACCCCCAGUGGAGGCCCCCUCGCCAGCCUCCAACCCUUCUGGUCGAAAGAAGCCAGAACGAUCUGAGGAUGCCCUCUUUGCCCUGUGAGCUGUUCUGUGGUUUGCCUUCCCCCAAUGGCAGGUCACUGUUGGCUCUCCAGUGGACACUGGGCACUGGCCACUCCCUCCCAGCCUCUCAGCCUGCACACCUGCGUCUCCAUAGAAAUAUCACUUUGUUUGUUCCCAGGACUCCCUUAGUCAGGACCAGCUUUCCUCACCUCCUUUUCUCUGAGUGGGGGGCACUGUAGCCAGAGGCCCUGCCCUCCUCUGCCUCCAUGGGCUCUCUUGGUCUUGGGACCUCACAGGAAGAGCCAGUGGCCCUGUCCUAGGCAGUGAAGCCUCUCAACACUGUUAUGGAGCAGAGCACCUGGACUUCAUUACCUUCCAUAGAGACAUAGGCAAAGCCCGGGCCCCGCCACAUGUGCCCUGCCUCUUCAUAGCUCAGUGGCUUCCCUCAGGCAUGCUGCUCCCCCGUGCCCCUCUCUUCCAGAAAGGGCUUUUUGUCACCACCUCUGGAAGAGCAGGGCUCAGUUGUACCCACAGGCUCAGCCUCCCUUCUUGAAUUGUGUGUCACCUUGUGGCACUCAAUGUGUUGGCACUUUAGAAGGCUCUGUGGGCUGCCCCACGUGGGAUUCCCUCACAUUCUGAACACUUUCUUCAUCAGUCAGCUGCCAGCCUUGUCUUCAUGCUCUGGCUGGGUCCAAGGGCCCCAGAAGGACCUGUGGCUCUUGGUGUAGGGAUAGCCAAGGGCAGCUGGAAGGGAGCAUGGAACCUGUAGACAAUGGCCACAUGGCACACUGAGUAGCUAGCACUACCAUAAACCAGUUGCUCCCUAUGUACACUGUAUACAUUCACACUCACACCUGUCCUUGUGUGGGUAUCCUCAUUGGGGAUGGCACAGGAGACACAGCUCUGGCAUGCUUGGGAAGGUGAUAUGGUUUGCUGUGUCUCACACCCAGGGUACUGGCCUGGCCUGCAGCAGCCUCCAUAGAGCAACUUCCAGGCCCAGCAACAGACAGCUGUAUGCCACACCUAAAGGUUCCAAGUGGCUAUAGCAACACUAGGCUUCUGCUGCCCUCCCUGGCAGGGGCUUUGGCCUACUCCCUGGGCUGUCCUUACAGCCUGAGCCCUCCCACCCCACCUGUCCCCCAGCUACCACUUUCAGUUUGAAGGUCGACAGCCUGGGGCUAAGCAAUUGGGGGCUGGUGAUGUCCACUCCUGUCUGAUGACCUUGAUGGUGCAUCUCCUAGCUUUGGGCAAGAAUUCAGAGUGCUAUUCACACCCUGGUCCAACUGACAGCCUCUUCUUCCCCCAAACUGCCAUUACCCAGAAAAACAAAAAUGCUACUGCAGCCAUGUCAACCCCCUCCCCCACAAACACACAAGUUUCUGGGCCAGCUUGCUGUCUCAUCUGGCAAUGGAAGGCACUGCCUAGGUCACCACUGGUUCCCUACCCACAGUGUGAUCAUCCCUUCCACCAUCAUCACUAGAGCCCCAGCCCCAGCGGGGAAAGGAAGCCAGGCUUUAUGUGUAAAGAGACCAGUGCCCGGCUUGGGGAAGCUCUUAGAACAAGAACUACAUCAAGGGCCAAAGGCAGGAAUGGUCCUACCCUGGGACCCCAUGCCCAGUUCAGCACUCCUCCAACAGUCUCUGGAGAGAGGGACUGCAAGCUGGCUGGGCCUAUCUGGCAGGGGCUGUCACACUGUUCUGCAAAGAUCAUCCAGAAAGUACUUUCUGGAGCUUGGCCAGUCUGCUUGCUGCCCAGCUCUCUCUGAGUAUCUGCCACACCUCCACCCCACCACAUCCUGGCCCUCUGCCAACCCAUGCCCCUCUGUCAGCAUCUCUUAAGAGCAGAGCCCCUGUGGCCAGCUUGUUAAGACCUCCAAAGGUAGACAGCAAGAGUUAAGUUGCAGAGGUGGUGGCUGGCAUAGCUCUGUGUAUCCAGAGACCUGACCCUCAUGCACAGUCUGGAGGGGCUGUCUGUGAGUGUCAGAACUUCCCUCUGCCAAUCUGCCAGAGCUGAGCCUGCAGGUGGUGGGCAGCCAGGCUAGCAUUCUCUGAGGGAAGAGGCAGCCUCCCUGCCUUGGACAGCACGGAGAGGAAGUGGGGCUCAUGCAGGGAGCAAGGCUGAGAUAGGGUCCUGCAUAGGGGUCACCAGCAAAACUGGUCUUAGUACUCAUGUCCAGAAGUGUCCCCACCCCCAACUCCAGCUGGUUAAUAUGGAGAGGCCUAGCUGCAGUUACUGGAGAACUCCUGUGGGUUGGCAGGAGGCCACUGGCCAUGCAGACAAGUGUCCCCUUCUGGCCUGGAACAGCCCCUCUGGUGGCUUUCAAUCACCUCUGCUCACUUCCUUGUCCAGCGGUAGCUUCCCUACCUGUAUGCUGAGGUGACACGUGCCCAAGGCCCACACUGGAAGCAAGUAUAGGUGCAGGUACCAUAAGGAGGCUCCGCCUAGCCCUUUUAGGUUGUACUACCCUGAGUCCUGUGGUUCCUUGCUACCAUCACCACUGCCUGGGGGCACAGUUCUCAGAUGUCCGCAUAGGGAAGAGAGCAGAGUCCUUUCUGAAAAACCGGACUCUUACAAGCCACCAGCCUCUACAAGUGUUAGAAAUCACAGAUACAGUAUGUACUUAAUUACACUAAAUUAUUGCUGGGAUUCCUUGUAAACACUAAUUAUACCUGAUUAUAGGUUAAAAUAUUUAUUUUGUCAAAAUAUUUUCUAAGGAAUGUGUUUAACCUUUUCUUAUUCAUUGUGUGUUAAGGUGUGACAACUAACUACUUCCUCCUGCCUACCUUUUUGGGCAAUGGGCAGCAGUGAAGAAAAGACACCACAUACAGUGGUCUCCUACUAGACUGCCACAAAGUGGUCCCUACCCAGGCCCCCAGCAGGUGAACUGUGGCCAGGCUGAGAGUGACCAACUUGCUUAUCAGUGCACAUGGAAACAGGGGUUUCAGAGCCAAAAGGGCUUGCUGGUCUGGGCCAUAGGGAAAGGUGACUGACUGUCCAUCUAUCCUGUCUUUCUGUCUGUCAGCCCCCCUUAAUAUGAGUGACUGUGCCUUGGCUCACUGCCCUUUCCCUCCCCACCUAGUGGUCCCCCGGCCUGUGCUACCACUGUAGCCCAUUAGGAGGUGAAAAUGUGUCACCCAGCAGCACUCCACAGCUGGGAGUAGGGUGCAGGGCUCGGAGUGGCCCAGGGACAGUGGGCUGCUGCCCUCCUCUUCCUUCCUGCUGCUGCAUCCCCAUGCUAGCCCUGUGACAAGCACUUUUCUGACUGAACUCAACCUUCUGGAUGGCUCAGGAUGGGCCAUGGAGCCUUCUUGGGGCCAAGACAACCUCAGUUGACUGAGUAAGAGCAGCGUGAAGGAACACUUGCUCCCAGCCCGGCCUCUGCCCCUUGCACUGCCAUGUGGGCUGUGUGGCCUCUCCCCCGUCUGCUGUUGGGAUGGCUAGGCUCUCCUUCCUUAUUCAGCCACAUAGGGACCCAGCCACCCCCAAAGGAACAUGUUUCCACUAGAAGACACUCCCCGUGGGCCCUUGGGGAGUGCCCAUCUCCCAACACCUCCUGCCCAUGGUAGGCCAGGCCUACCCAGUGGCCACCAGCCUGGGAACAGCUGUCACUUCUGUGUCAAGUCACGACCGUUCCUGCUGUGUUCCAAGCCUCUAGGCUCUCCUGGAGGCAGGGAUGGUAUUUAUUUCCUAAAGUUUGCACUUCAUUUGUGAGGGUUCUCAGGAUUGUAGGGGGCUAUUAAAAAGAGCAAUGUGUUGUGUUCAUUGUCUCCUCGCCCCAGAAGUCUGCUGUCCUUGUUACUGUCCUGUAUUUCUGUGAGCAGAGCCAGUUCUUGAGAGGCUCAGAGCGACACUGAAGCAUCCACCCACCCCACUGGCUCUCCUAGACACAGCCUCUCUAGUUUGGGUUCUUGCAUGUAAAGUACUCCACAGUAAAUAAAUAAUUGA